GGUAAAAAUUUAUUUUUUGAAGGUCGGCAUGCUGAUCAAUGUGCCGUUCGACGAGACCAUUUUCCACGGACUGAUGUUUCGCGGCAACUACCCUCUCUACCCUGAAAUGCCGAGAAAUGCGUCCAGCCUGGACCGAUGGGGCUUGUACGAGUCUUUGGAGGGAGUUCUGGAGCGAUUUGGAUUGCAAGGUCGGCCGUGCAUGCUCAGGGCGGUUUGUGAGGCGGCCGCUCACUCAGUGGAUCACGACGGCAUCGUAGGGGCUGCCCUUCACAUUUUACUCAGUCCAUCGAGCAGCAGCGACAACCGCACCGAGGGCUGGCACCGCGCCUAUGUGCGCGCCGAACGCUGGGGCUCGCGUCGCCGCGACUGCAGCCGAAAAUUUGGCACCGCCUGCCCCACAGGGGUGCUCCAGGCUUUCACCACCCUCGGAUAGCGUGUUGUAACCGUCGUUGUUUACUGUUUGCCUCUUAUUAAACAUUUCUUUUUGGUCUCCUCUCGUUCUCAACACUAUCCCUGACUCUCUGGUAAAAAAUGGAAAGUUUUUGGUCAU